AUGGUGCCGAGAGUUUUCUCCCUUCUAGCUUUCGCCGGCAUCGGCUAUGCGAGUGCUCAGGCCUCGUGCAAAUGCACUCCAGGCGACUCAUGCUGGCCUUCUGUUGACACUUGGACUGCGCUCAAUAAAACAGUAUCCGGGAAACUUAUCCACAAUCUCCCAGUCGCUAUUUCGUGCUACCCCGGUACUUACCAGGACACCGAGGAGUGCGCCCACGUCUACUCGCAAUGGUCCAAUUCUACAUUCCAAGAGCUUUCCCCGGUCGGAUACGUUUAUCCUACAGCCGACCCAUGCCCUGCUGUUGACCUGAGCUCAGGCACAGAGCCUGGAACAUGUACCCUGGGGCCCGCCCCGAUUUACACAAUCAAUGCAACAGAGCCCGCAGAGCUAGCAGCUGGCAUAGCAUUUGCGAAAAAGAACAACGUUCGCCUGGUUAUAAGAAAUACGGGACAUGAUAUGUUGGGAAAGAGCGAAGGUUAUGGAGCACUCCAAAUUUGGAUCAAAUAUAUCCAGAAGGGAAUCACUUUCCAUGAGACCUACGCUGCUUCCGAUAAGUGCACACACAGCGGUUGGAAAGGCUCUGCAAUUACCAUUGCCGGAGGGUAUGUUUGGGGAGAUGUAUACAAUGUGGCAUUCAAGCGCAAUGUCAUAAUUGUCGGUGGAGGUGAUCCGACCGUUGGCUGCAUUGGCGGUUACACAUCAGGAGGUGGUCACUCGCCGGCUAGCCGUGACUAUGGUCUUGCUGCAGACCAAGUGCUAGAAGCUCAGGUUGUACUAGCGAAUGGCUCUAUCGUUACAGCUAAUGCAUGCCAGAAUUCGGAUCUCUACUUUGCCAUUCGUGGUGGUGGAGGCGGCAGCUAUGGCGUCGUUAUCUCCAUGACGUUUAAAGUCUACCCCAGCAAGACUGUUGUGGGACAGGCCCUCACGAUCAGUCUGAUUGACAAGGAUACCGAUUCACUAUUGGAGGCUAUCACCGAUAUCUACGAGCAAUAUCCUAGUAUCAUGGAUGGCGGAUUCUCUGGGUACGGAUCCUGGUCUAUUAACAGCCCUAUGCAGCUGUUUUCCAACAAGACCGUUGGUUAUACUCAUGCCAUUGCAAUUAUGGGCAAGUCGCUGGCUAAUGCCCAGAAAAUCUUUGACCCAGUUCUGAAGAAGCUGCAGAAGUACAAUGGUACUUCCCUCGAUGUAUCCGUUUCAUGGUAUGAGUUCCCAACAUACGCAGCCUAUUACCAGGCUAUGUCGGGUGUGAAGCAGAAUGUUGGAUCAUCACACUCAGCUCUCACUUCGCGGAUGAUGGGAAAAGCUGCUUUGGCUUCUAACCACACUCGACUGCGCAACAUGAUCGGAGUUACGGCAGGUGAACCGAACGAAUAUGCAAUCACCAAUAUGGAGCUUAUUGCCGGUGGCAAGGUCCUCACUGAUGGGGCUGAUAAGCACUCCGGUCUCAACCCUGCGUGGCGCUCUACCUACAUGGUGAACGUUGUCGCUAGAGGCUGGGCAGACGACUCCACUUCCCAAUCCGUCAAGGACGAUAUCACCUACAACAAGGGAGCAGCCAUGACUCAGUUGACCCCAACCCUAGGUAGCUACAUGAAUGAGGCCGACCGCAACGACCCCUUGUGGCUUACUAAUUUCUAUGGUACCAACUAUCCUCGCCUUGCAGCAAUCAAGAAGAAGUACGAUCCGACGGGUCUGUUUUACUGCCCGACUUGUGUGGGCAGUCCUUCGUGGUACCAGCGAGCUCUAUCUGGGACAAAAUACGGUCCACUUUGUCCAACGGGUGUUUGA